AUGGCUGGCGUUUGGGAGACUUCUGCCUUCGUCCUCAGAACACUAGGAGCGAAGAAUGGCCGUGUGAGACGUACGGCUGCGAACAAGUCACUGAUCGCCGUCUUCUUAGGGAUCAACGCAUAUGCCUAUAUGGUCGGCGCUCGCAUCGUCCACUUUUCUCUUCCCGACCGACGAGUCUUCCGCAUCAAAGCCUCCUAUAUGACGAAGCUCUUUGUCGGUGCUGAUCUGGUUUAUUUUGGCGUUCCGGGAGCCGGCGGCUCGAUGCUAUCGGGACAGAGGAGCGCUUCAAGCAUGCAGAUGGGAAAGGUUCUCUACACUGCAGGUUUCAUAGUUCAGCUCAUCUUCAUCGCCGUCUUCACUGAAGUGGUUGUGCAACUGCACCUGAUCUGGGUUAUCUUUAUCGUCUUGAUCCUCAUCUUCGUUCGACUUAUUUUUCGGCUGGUUGAAUUUGGUCCCGGCGGAAUGAAUGAGACGAUAAUGACUGCAGAGGUGUACGCGAUUUGCCUCGACGCUGUGCCCAUGGCGCUCGCACUGGUUAUUCUGAAUGCUUUUCAUCCUGGUCGAAUGUUGUCUCAAAUAGCUUUCGACCGAGUCAUCAUGGAAGAAUCUGAGAUGGGCAACAUACCAAGACGUCAGGGACGCUACGAGGAGCUGGGACAGGCUGAUCGAAAUGGUUCAGUCUCGCCAUUGUCUAAAGGACGUUUCCCAUGA